AUGCGAGAAAUCUUCGAUUCAAAAGUGGACUGGAAAACUCCGCUCGAUCAAAAGAUAUGCGACGAAUGGUACAAAUUGUGUAAAGAAGUAGAUCUAGCAACAUUAUCAAUUCCUAGCAUAUUAUCAGCUGUCCAAGCAAAAAUCGAAGAAGUGAACAUAGUUUCGGACAGUGAAAUUGCCUUGUACUGGAUCAAAUCUUCAAAAAAAGUUCCUGUUUUCGUAGCAAAUCAGGGAGCAAAAAUACUUAGUAUUAAACAGCAGCUCGAUAAUGGUGGUGCUACGGUCAAAUUUUUCCAUGUUAGCACCGAAAACAAUCCAGCUGAUGCUGGAACGAGAGGUCUGACAGCACAAGAAAUUAUCGAGGACGACUGGAUCAAAGGACCACGCUGGCUGGAAAAUCACUGUAGCGAGUGGCCUAUCAAGUCGAUAAACACACUAUCUGACGUCCAUGAGAAUGACGAAAUAAAAACAAUGGUUACUACUACAUUGAAAGUAACCACGUCAGAAAACAAACAACAAGAACAGCUUAUUGAUCUCAAGCGUUUUUCGAAAAUCGACAACGUGCUACGUGUGCUAGCAAAGAUUGCAAAAACAAUGAAAAAUUGGGUUGCAAAAACCAAUCAAAAUCGCUCGUCACCGAUAAAAGUAUCAGAAGUCGACAAAUUUGAUAACGUGUUCGAAAUAACCGCAUCAGAUAUGGUCAACGCGGAACGCUUUCUAAUUAGUCAUGAACACAGAAGCAUUAAUCUUGACGCUCUAAAAAAGCGAUUUCAUGAUAAACUGAUUAUUCGCGACGAAGACGGAAUCAUUCGGCACCACUCCCGCCUUCAAAAUGCCUCAAUUCCGUAUGACACAAAGUCACCGAUUUAUAUCCCAGAAGACUCGGAAUUAUCCAGGCUGAUCGUGCAGGAUAUUCACAUCAAAACUGGAGCACCGAUCAUGCCUCCACUACCAAAGGACAGGGUCAUAAAGUCCAGACCAUUUCAAAAUGUCGGAUGUGACUUCAUGGGUCCUUUCACUUCAAAAACUCUAGAGAAAAUACAUGUGCACCGUGAUCACUCGAAUAUUGAGGCAAUUCUAAACACAAGACUUCUUACGAAACUGAACUUCAGUGAUAUCACAGAGAUGCCAUUGAGGCCCAUUGAUUUUUUGAAGGGAAAUUUCAACUACUCGCUUCCGAACGACAAAGUUGCAAACGUAUCGGGCGAUCCUGACUACGAUCCUAAUCUCAUCCAAACAGAAAAACAGGCACUUGAAGCAUUUCAAACAUCAGAAAUGAUAGCCAAUAAAUUCUGGGAGAAAUGGAAUGUUGAAUAUCUGACCUCAUUAAGAGAAACACAAAAAAUCAACCUCCAACAACCCAGACACCUACCAAGAUCACUCCCAGAAAUAGGUGAAAUUGUUCUGAUUGAAGAAGAACUAAUACCGAGAGGGUGCUGGUCAUAUGGUAGAAUCACGGAAAUUAUAUAUAGCACCGAUGGUUCGGUUAGAUCCGCCAAAGUACUUUUACCGAACCGAAAAAUAGUUCACCGUCCUCUGAACAAAAUUUUCCCCCUGGAAAUCCGAAGUGCCCCAGAGGACACAACAAUAAACACCCAAAAAGAUCAACAUCAACCUAACCAAGAAAGGAGAAAACUUCCAGCUCGUGCCUCAAAAACAGAAGCGUAUAAAAUAAUCAGAGACUACGAACUAGGACUGGAAGGUGCUCAGUACACUAUCCCGCGAACAUCUCUUGCACUAACUAUUAUUGCAAUGUUGUCAAUGAUAUCUGCAACAUUAGCUGAAUGUGUCCCCAAGAUAGCCUGCGUGAAAGGAAAGAUCAAUAUCUCACCUCCGAAAGGUUCCUUCCAGCUAUGUUUUGAUGAACAUUGCCGAACGUUCAAUGAGGUCACGAAAAACAUCACCUACACAGUACCAAUAUCCCCUCACAACGAUCAGGUAAAGGUUGCACUAAUAAUGAUAGGCAACCACAGCAUGGAGACACUUGAGACAACAUGCAACUGA